AUGCAGAAUGGCACUGUGACCUUUGAGGAUGUGGCCAUGUACUUCUCCUGGGAGGAAUGGUGUCUUCUUGAUGAGGUUCAGAUACACCUGUACCUUGAUGUCAUGGUGGAGAACUUUGCACUUGUAUGCAUGCUGGGUUCUUUUCCUGGAGUCGAGGAUGAAGAGACACCUUUUGAACAGAGCGUAUCUGCAGAAGGAGUGUCACAGAUGAGGACCCCCAGGGCAGGUUUGUCUCCUGAGAAGACCCAGCCCUGUAAGAUGUGCACCCCAGUCUUGAGAGACAUUUUGCACUUGGCUGAGGAGCAAGGAACAAAUACGAGGCAGAAAGCAUACAUAUGUGGGGCAUGCGGGAAACAAUUCUAUUUCACUGCAAACCUUCAAGAGCACCAGAAGCCGCAUAUUAGAGAGAAUCCCAUGUGAUAUGACAUGGGAAGACCCUCAUUUUGGAAGAGCUGCACAAUCCACACAAUAGGGAAUCUACCUACCUACAUGGAGAUUGGGAACGACUUCGUGGCCAACAUGGGACUUCAGCCACAGGCCACUAAUACCAGGAAGAAACCGAACAGUAAGGAGUGUGAAGCUGUUUUUCACAGUGGAACAGGUCAUCACAGCUGGCGAGAAGGCAAGAAAGCCUCCAGUCACACAUAAAUACUUGUUCAGGAUGAGAGAGUCCUUACUAGUAAAGGGUUUUGUGAGUGCAGCAAACGUGGGAAAGCCUGCAUCCAAACAUGUAACUUUAUUCAGCAUGAGCCAGUUCACACUGGAGAAAGGCCUUAUGAAUGCGGCCAUUGUGGAAAAUAUUUUAGCCGCAAAUCUGGUCUCCUUGGACAUCAGAGAGUUAACUGUGGAGGAAGGCUCUAUGACUGCAGUGACUGUGGGAAAUCCCUUAGCCUAAGGAAGCACCUCAGAGCACAUAGGAAAAUCCACAGUGGAGAAAAGCCUUAUGAAUGCAAGGAAUGUGCUAAACCUUUCAUCCAAAAGUGCAUCUUAAUUGAACAUCAGAGAGUUCAUACUGGAGAAAAACCUUAUUGAUGCACCCAGUGUGGAAAAUCUUUUGCCCGCAGAUCCAAUUUCCUUGCACAUCAGAGAGUUCACACUGGAGAAAAGCCUUAUGAGUGCAGUGAAUGUGGGAAAUGUUUUGUUGCUAGGAGUGGCCUCCAAUAUCAUCAGAGAGUUCACAGUGGAGAAAGGCCUUAUGACUGCAGUGAAUGUGGGAAAUCUUUUACUGCUAGGUCAGGACUUCAUGAUCAUCAGAGAGUUCACAGUGGAGAAAGGCCUUAUGACUGCAGUGAAUGUGGGAAAUAUUUUACUGGUAGCUCUAGCCUUCUUCAUCAUCAGAGAGUUCACAGUGGAGAAAGGCCUUAUGAGUGCAGUAAAUGUGGGCAGUCUUUUACUACUCGAUCCUCUCUCUAUGAUCACCACAGAGUUCACACUGGAGAAAUGCCUUAUGAGUGCACUGAAUGCAGGACAGCCUUUAAGCAAAGACAGCUCCUCUGCAUCCAUAGGAAAAUCCACACUGGAGAAAAGCCUUUUGAGUGCAAGGGAUGUGGUAAAUCUUUCACCCACAGGUACCACUUGAUUAAACAUCAGAGAGUUCACACUGGAGAAAGGGCCUUAUGA